AUGAACGAGCACGACGACAGAAUUAAGUUGGACAUCUUUAGAAGCAAAACCACUUAUCAGAAUGACUACAAAAAAUUCCCACUUGAGCCUCGUAAAGACACUUUGAAUUGUCAAGCAAAAUUUUUGGACAAAAAAGACAAGCCCCCGAGUGAGUAUGUCCCUAAAGACAAUGAAACUUUUGCGGCCCGACGCCCCGACGUCUACAUCCCGUUUAACUUACUUUGGAGACGCAAAGAGAUCACAGGCACGGACCCCCAUGUACCUUUCGAAACCCCCGUAAUUCCCGAGAAUGCAGCCAAAGAAAACGUAAUCAAGACAAGACCAAGGGUUUACAUGUCCCCAGCUGUGAGUAUCGACGACGUUUCAGACCCCGAAAUGCGCAACUUGUUGCUGGCCCACAUGUACACCUCAGAGUGGACGAAAGCCAUCCAGGAAUCGUCCGUCAAACCCACUGAGAGACAUAUCCCCAACACCACGGUCGAACAAGCAGGCGAUCCGGUACAAUUAAAAGUGGACUUGUUGCCCCCUUUACCCGAUAAUUUUCGAAAAAUAGGCAAAAACUGGGAGAACGAGCAGUUGAAACUCACAGUUGACCCGAACAAAAUGUUCUGGGAGCACAAAGACCCCCCAGUCAAGUGCGGUGCGUGUUUUGACCCGGUCAAAGGCCUGGUUCCCGAGGAGACUAAAGAGGAAAUAAGGACACUGAUCAGCCAGGACAGGCUCAGGUUGGCACAUGAUGCCCCCAUCCCGGGCUAUGCAGGCUAUAAACCUAGGUUCUCCUACGGGGUUUCACUCGCUAAGGUCGCAAUGCCUGUAGUACACCCGUUCUUGUCAGUGAGUCAGGCUAUAACCAAGAGGUACGAGGUGGACAAAUCAAAAUAAAUUCCAAACAAGCCUCGA